AUGACCCCUGACAACACCUCCCAUGUCCUAGAAGACAAGAUGUGCGAGGGGAACAGGACCGCUAUGGCCAGCCCCCAGUGGAUGCCCCUGGUGGUGGUCCUGAGCAGCAUCUCCCUGGUCACUGUGGGCCUCAACCUGCUGGUGCUGUACGCCGUCCGGCGCGAGCGGAAGCUGCACACCGUGGGGAACCUGUACAUCAUCAGCCUCUCGGUGGCAGACCUGAUCGUGGGCGCCAUCGUCAUGCCCGUGAACAUCCUCUACCUCCUCAUGCCCAGGUGGUCCCUGGGCCGCCCCCUCUGCCUGUUUUGGCUCUCCAUGGACUACGUGGCCAGCACAGCAUCCAUUUUCAGUGUCUUCAUCUUGUGCAUCGACCGCUACCGCUCAGUCCAGCAGCCACUCAGGUACCUGAGAUACCGUACCAAGACCCGAGCACUGGCCACCAUCUUGGGGGCCUGGUUUCUCUCCUUCCUCUGGGUUAUUCCCAUCCUGGGCUGGCAUCAUUUCAUGGCCCAGAUCCCAGAGCGCCACAAAAACAAGUGCGAGACAGACUUCUAUGAUGUCACUUGGUUCAAGAUCAUGACCGCCAUCAUCAACUUCUACCUGCCCACCUUGCUCAUGCUCUGGUUCUACUCCAAGAUCUACAAGGCCGUCCGACAACACUGCCAGCACCGUGAGCUCAUCAACGGAUCCCUUCCAUCUUUUGUGCAAAUUAAGCUGAAGUCAGAGGAUGCCGGGGUCAGCUCCAAGAAACCUGGGAAGGAGUCUCCCUGGGGGAUUCUGAAAAGGCCGUCCCAAGAUACCACCUGUGGAACUGUCUUGAAGUCCCCAGACUCCAAGGAGUUGAACUCCCCCAUUAGCUUGAGCCAGGAGGAGGAGGGAGAAGCUGCCGAAGUCCACUGCUUCCCGCUGGACACCGAGCACAUGCAAGCCGUGGCCGAGGGAGGCGGCAGGGCCUGUGAUACCAGUGACCAGAGCCAGAACCAGCUUAAGACAGAGGCACAGAGUCUGCACAUGGGCAAAGUCAGCGCCCUGUCAGAAGACUGUACAUUGGCUGACAGACAGUCCUUCUCUCGGACCACAGACUCAGAUACCAGCACGGAGCUAGCGUCUGGCAGAAGCAAAUCGAGGAGUGGGUCCAGCACCGGCCUGGAUUACAUCAAGUUCACUUGGAAGAGGCUGCGCUCCCAUUCCAGACAGUAUAUGUCUGGGUUGCACUUGAACCGGGAGCGAAAGGCGGCCAAACAAUUGGGCUUUAUCAUGGCGGCCUUCAUUCUCUGCUGGAUUCCCUACUUCAUCUUCUUCAUGGUCAUCGCCUUCUGCAAGAGCUGCUGCAACGAGCACGUGCACAUGUUCACCAUCUGGCUGGGCUACAUCAACUCCACCCUGAACCCCCUCAUCUACCCCCUGUGCAAUGAGAACUUCAAGAAGGCAUUUAAGAAAAUUCUGCACAUUCGCUCCUAA